UUACCGCAGAGCCUUUGAUGAGCAUGAGAGAUCCUCCAACCGUAAACAUGUGCAGCAAUGGAGGACGGCACUCACUGAAGCUUCGGAUCUCUCUGGCUUCACUUGCAAUCACCACAGGCAUGAAGCAGAGUUGAUCGAUGAAAUUAUAGAAGCAAUUUUUCCAAAUUUGAAUUAUAAUUGCUAUAGAGAUGAACUCAGAAGUCCUUUUAUCAGCAACAGAAAUUAUACCUCUGUUAAAUCCUUACUGAAAUUCAAGUUGGAGAAAAUUCUUGUGAUUGGAAUUUGGGGUAUGGGCAGUAUUGGUAAAACAACUAUUGCUACUACUCUUUUUCAUGAGUACUCUUCAGAGUACAAAGAUCAUUGUUUCUUAGUCUUUUCAAAAAAAUUAGAAAGAAAAGGUGCUAGUCACAUAUGCACUAAACUUCUUUCUCAAUUACUAAAUCAAGAUCUUUGUAUUGAUAAUAUUCGAGUAAUACACUAUUAUCCGUAAACUCAAGCAUAUGAGGGCUUUCAUUGUGUUAGAUGAUGUGGCUGAUUCACAAAUUGCAACUGAUUUGAUUCAACUGCUUUGUAAUUGUUUAAAUUCUGGUAGUAGAAUCAUUUUGACAACAAGAGACAGAAAUGUGCUAUCAAGUGGAGGAGUUGAAGCAAUUCAUGAGGUGAAGGAAAUGAAUUUUGAAGACUCCCUUAAAGUUUUUAGCCAUAAUGCCUUUAAUGAUUCUCAUCCUAAAGAAGAUUAUUAUGAGCUAUCAACAAGAGUCGUAGCAGAUUAUGCCAAAGGAAUACCAUUAACAUUAAAAAUUCUGGGAUCAUUUUUUCGGGCUAUCAAAAGAAAAAGUGAAUGGGAGAGUGCAUUGAGAAAACUAAAAAAGUAUCCCAAUGCAGAUAUUCAGCAAGUGUUGAGACUGAGUUAUGAUGCAUUAGAUAAUGAUGAAAAAAACAUCCUUCUAGAUGUUGCAUGCUUUUUUCACAGGUAUAAAAUGGAAGAAGUAACAAGAAUAUUAAAUUCUUGUGGUUUCUUUGCAGACAUAGGAAUAAAAAGCCUAUUGGACAAGGCUCUUAUAAGUGUUGCUUCAGAUGAUUGCAUAAAAAUGCAUAGCUUGAUACAGAAAAUGUGUUGGAAAAUCAUUCAUGAAGAAUCUAACGAAAAUUGCGGUCAACAAACAAGACUGUGGAAUACCGAAGAAGUCUGCAAUAUAUUCCAACAUGAAAGAGAUAUUCAUGGAGUUGAAAGUAUGAUUGUGGAUAUGAAUGAAAUUACAAUAGAUCCACGUAUAAUCAUCAUUGCAUUAAGGAAGAUGCCAAAGUUAAGAUUGCUUGCUUUAAGAGGAAAUAUCAAUUUAGAUCUUGAAUGGAACAUAGUGUUUGUAAAGGAUUUUCAACUUUCGAAUGACUUAAGGUAUAUUGAGUGGAAUAAAUGCCCACUUAAGUUUCUGCCGUCUAUUUGUUGGCCUCAAAAACUUGUUCAACUUUCUAUGCGAGGUAGCAAUAUUAAAAAACUUUGGGAUACAAAACAGGUGCCACGAAUCUCAAAGAAAUAUCACUCUGUGGCUGUGAAAGCUUACAAGAUGUUCAUCCAUCUAUUUUCUCUCUCCCCAAGAUUGAAAAACUAUAUGUGAACUUUUGCACGGCGCUGAAGAGGCUUUGCGGUGACUAUUGUUCUCCCUCUCUCCAUUUCUUGUUGGCCACUGGUUGCUCCAAUUUGGAAGAGUUCUCAAUCCCCAUGAUGGCUGAUCAUUCCAUAAUCGAGUUAUCUUUACCAUCAACGGCUUUGACUGAUGUGCCAUCCACUAUUAUGCAUCUCAAAAAUCUUGAAGUGUUCUGUUCUAACAUCAGUUACUCUCUUCAAAAACUUCCUCUAAACUUUGCCUCCAGAAUUGUGCUCACGGAUCCAAUAAAACAUGAAGACGACACAUGCACCGUGUUAAGUAGAAUAUUGCCCACCCCUGCCUUCUUGUCUCUCAAGGAAUUAGAUUUCUACAAAUGUAAGAGCUUAUCUAAACUCCCAGACAACAUUCAUGUCUUACAAUCAUUACAAAGUUUACGAGUGGAAAGUUGUCAUGUCAUUACAAGUUUGCCAAAAAGCAUUAAGAUUCUUCAACAGCUCAUGACACUUCUGAUCAAUAAUUGUGAACUGCUUCAAUACGUACCUCCACUUCCCCCAUCUAUUAUAAUCUUUAAUGCAGUAAAUUGCAAAUCCUUGAAGGAAGUCUCAAGUUUAACCAGUGAACCACCCAAAAAAGACUAUGCAUGGUUUGGAUUCCAUAACUGCACAAAGUUGGAUGAUGAUGCAUAUGAAGCAGUUUUGAAAGACUUGAAAUCCAAGAUAGAACUUGUGGCAAAUAAUGAUGGAUAUCCGCAUAAUGAAGCAAACAAUGAUAGUCCAUUCUUCUACUACUAUUUACCAAGUAAAGAGAGCAUAAUUAAUGAGUGGUUCCCUGACUACUACUCUACAGAAGCUUCCAUCAUUGUUGAAGUUGCUCCAGAUUACAAGAUUUCUUCUUAUCUUGUUGGCUGCAUCUUGAUUUCUCAAUACCAAUCUUGCAAGCUUGUCGAGAAAGAAGUGAUAUUUGGAUGGAAAUGCUACCUGGGAAAGGGUUGCAACGAGUGGGAAUGGAUCACAACUUUUGACACUAGAAAACUCUUGACCGGCAGCUGCUAUGUUCCGGAUGAUGUGAUUGAUCAAUUGGAAAUGGUAUCAGAUCAUAAGGUAGUAUGGUAUCAUGGAGAGCCUUCCAAGAAGAUAACGGAAGCAAUCAAAGAGAGAAGAAAAGGCACCUCUUGCAAUACUAUGCUUAAAUUUGAGUUCUAUGCAAAUACAGAAGAUAAUGAGGAAGUAGUGAUAAAGGGGUGUGGAAUCCGUUGGAUGCAUGUCCAUGUCAAUGGUGAAGGAGAGAUUAAUCCUAAUGCCACUCAUGAGGGAUAUGAAUCUCAUGACUUGGAGGUGGAGGAUGAAUCUGAUGAGUUGGAGUUGGAAGAUGAAUCUGUUAGCUUGGAGUUGGAGGACAUUGAGGUAAUGCUUCUAAUACUAAUGUUAGUAGAUUUCACACAUUAUUGUUGUAUUGUGAAUUGUUUAGUCUAGAGAUCCACAACAAAAAUUAA